CAGCUCACUCCCUCCUCCUCCAGUUUCGUCAGCUCAUCAUCAUCAUAAACCGAACACAGAGCUCUCGAUUCCAUUCCAGGAUGCUGCUGAACCCGGCGUCAGAGGCGUCGGUGCUAGACACCAUCCGGCAGCACCUCCUCGAGGAGCCAGCCGACGAGAGCUUCGGGAGCCUGGUGGCGGACCAGUGGAGCGGCUCGCUCCCGUUCCGCACCGACGACGCCGACGACAUGGUGGUGUUCGGGGCGCUGCAGGACGCCUUCGCCUACGGCUGGCUGCCCGACGGCUCAUUCGUGCACGUGAAGCCCGAGCCGGUGCGGUCCCCCGACUCGUCCUCCUACCCCUGCUCCUACGACGGCUCACCCUGCUUCGGCCUCCUGGACCCGGAGCCGCCGCUGACGCCCGGCACCACCACGCCCAGUAGUAGGGGGCAGGAGGAGGCCGCGGCGGCCAUGGCCCGGGGCAAGCACUACAGGGGGGUGAGGCAGCGCCCGUGGGGCAAGUUCGCGGCGGAGAUCAGGGACCCCGCCAGGAACGGCGCGCGCGUCUGGCUCGGCACGUACGACACCGCCGAGGACGCCGCGCUCGCCUACGACCGCGCCGCCUACCGCAUGCGCGGCUCGCGCGCGCUCCUCAACUUCCCGCUCCGCAUCGGCUCCGGGGACAAGCGCCCGUCGCCGGCGCCGCCCGAGCCCGCCACCUCCUCGGACUCCUCCUCGUCUUCGGCCAGCGGCUCGCACAAGAGGCGGAAGCGAGGCGAGGCCGCGGCUGCCAACAUGGCCAUGGCGCUGGUGCCCCCGCCCUCCCAGCUUAACCGGCCGGCCCAGCCGUGGUUCCCUGCCGCGCCGGUCGAGCAGGCGGCGAUGGCUCCGCGCGUGGAGCAGAUCGUCGUCUAGUCUAGCCAUGCGCCGGCGAAAGCGGGGGCAAGGCCCUGCGCUGCACUUGCGUGACAGCUCCACCGGAUGGAAUGCGAAUAUGCGAUAAAGCUCGGGAUGCCGCUGUUGCUCCUUGCAACUGGCGCAAGUGGAAGAAGCUGUCUCUGUGUGUAAUCAAGUGUCUUGUCUGCGGACGAAUUUUCGGUAUGUGCGUCGUUGUCACUGCUCGGGAUUGUGCUGCUGCUGAUAAGUUCGG